GGGCAGUCGCGCGAUACGUCACACACCCAAUGUGUCAAGAGAAGGUCCAAUCCAAUGCGACAAGCCGACGUGUGUCAUCGUCAAUUAUAUCAUCGCCAGAGUAUCCCCGCUCACCUCUCGCUCACCUCCUUGACUUACUCAACUUCACGACACGACACGCAACGGCCGAGUAAUCCCCGCCAACAACCGGAUACCCAAGUCAGAGAUUAUCGUCAUUUACCUAUGCGACAAGCUGUCGCAAGGAUCUGGUAUCCUGUGCGUUCAUCACUCGCCUCAAUCCUAUCGCAGAGACAGAUUCUCACGUCUCUAUCGUCUUACCAUCGACUUGCGAGCUAUCAUUACCCCGCUCCGCUAAGCAGCGUCUCGGGCCCGUCACUAAAUACCCCACCGUUCCGAUUGCAAAGACGAACGGAAACCACCAUGGCUUCGGCGACGACAUUCUACGAUUUCAAGGCCAAGGACAAGAGGGGCGUCGAGCAGUCCAUGGCCGACUACAGCGGAAAGGUCGUUCUGGUCGUCAAUACUGCCUCUAAGUGUGGCUUCACCCCGCAGUAUGCGGGGCUGGAGAAACUAUACAAGGAGAUCACCGAGUCUCACCCGGACGACUUCGUUAUCCUCGGCUUCCCUUGCAACCAGUUUGGUGGUCAGGAGCCCGGCACCGACGACGACAUCCAGUCCUUCUGCCAGGUCAACUACGGCGUCACCUUCACCAUCAUGGGCAAGACCGACGUCAAUGGUAGCAAUGCGGAGCCCCUGUACGAGUGGAUGAAGGCCGAGAAACCCGGUCUCCUGGGCAUGAAGCGCAUCAAGUGGAACUUUGAGAAGUUCCUCAUCGGCCGCGACGGUAGGGUCAAGGAGCGAUGGGCCAGCACGACCAAGCCUGAGAGCCUGGAGAAGGCUAUUCUGGAGGAGCUGGGCAAGAAGGCUAGUGAAGCGGAGUCCCCCCCAGAAGUCUAAUCAUUGCGACGAAUUAUAUGCCCGUUUCCGUUUCAUGUCUCCAUCGUGAUCUUAGGUCUAUCCCCGGGACCUCCUUUCAUUCCUGAUGCUGGAUCCGAACCUUAAUCAUCGCCUAUGAUAGCCGUCCGCAAGCUUGAAUGGCAUCAAGGACCGGUCAUGAGUCCCAAGAAUCGUUAUAUAGCUGAUGGCCCUACGCAGGACCUCAAAAGACUGCUCUUGGAAGUUAGGGAGUCAAGUGGCCUCGUGACGAAGCAACAGGAAGGUUGACCACGAGUCUCGAAGCAACUGUAAGGAGAAGCUGGAUAGAGAUGCUGAUGGUAGUAUGCGGAUGCCGUCGUGGUAGAGCGUCCGCACAAUUCUUUCAGCAUGAACGAGCCAAGUUCCACCGUCCCCUAAUGAGGUUAGUGG